GCUGCUCGGCCAGUACUCCCGGUCCCCGCCAUUUCGGACUGGGAGCGAGCAGCGCGGCGCAAGUACUGAAGGCGGCGGCGGGGGGCAGAGGCUCGGCUGCUCCCAGGUGCGGGAGAGAGGCCUGCUGAAAAUGACUGAAUAUAAACUUGUGGUAGUUGGAGCUGGUGGCGUAGGCAAGAGUGCCUUGACGAUACAGCUAAUUCAGAAUCACUUUGUGGAUGAAUAUGAUCCUACGAUAGAGGAUUCCUACAGGAAACAAGUAGUAAUUGAUGGAGAAACCUGUCUCUUGGAUAUUCUCGACACUGCAGGUCAAGAGGAGUACAGUGCAAUGAGGGACCAGUACAUGAGGAGUGGGGAGGGCUUUCUUUGUGUAUUUGCCAUAAAUAAUACUAAAUCAUUUGAAGAUAUUCACCAUUAUAGGGAACAAAUAAAAAGAGUUAAAGAUUCUGAAGAUGUACCCAUGGUCCUAGUAGGAAAUAAAUGUGAUUUACCUUCUAGAACAGUAGACACGAAACAGGCUCAGGACUUAGCAAGAAGUUACGGAAUUCCUUUCAUUGAAACAUCAGCAAAGACGAGACAGGGUGUUGACGAUGCUUUCUAUACAUUAGUUCGAGAAAUUCGAAAACACAAAGAAAAGAUGAGCAAAGAUGGUAAAAAGAAGAAAAAGAAGUCAAAGACAAAGUGUAUAAUUAUGUAAAUACAAUUUGUACUGUUUUCUUAAGGCAUACUUAAGUAAAAGUGGUAAUUUUUGUAUAUUACACUAAAUUAUUAGCAUUUGUUUUAGCAUUACCUAAUUUUUUUCCUGCUCCAUGCAAACUGUUAGCUUUUAUCUUGAAGGCUUAUUUUGAAAUGACAGUGGAAACUUUUUUUCCUCUAAGUGCCAGUAUUCCCUGAGUUUUGGUUUUUAACUAGCAAUGUCUGUGAAAAGAAACUGAAUACCUGAGAUUUGUCUUGGGGUUUUGGUGCAUGCAGUUGACUAUUUCCUAUUUUUCUUACCAAUCGUGAACUUUGGUGUGACACAAAUUAAUGAAAU